AUGCCCAUGUCAUUAUCAGAUUUAGUUAAGAAAGGAUUUCGGAUUGGCAGCACAGCAUUUAACACAGGAACAGAGCAUUGCUUUAAACUGAUGGAAACAGAAGAUAUAAAUGCGGUUACUGGCAUAAUUCUAUCAUUUUUAUUCGGACUAAUAACACCACACGUUACAAAUCGAUUCUUUGUUAGGGAGGUGUUUAAUAUGCUAACUGGUGCCUUGGUUCUCUCUUGCAUAUACCAACUUAAGAAUUUCCUGCUUGUACUGUCAGGAAUUCCUCUUAAUUUAAUCUUAUCAUAUAUUCCAAUUAAAGAGAAAAAGAAGAGAACUAAAGUGUUUAUUCUAGUGAACCUGGUGCAUUUAGUGGUUGCAUACGCAUUUAGAGACUCUUCCGAGAAGAAUUCAUUCUUUAUGCUUACACUAACAGCAUUCUUUAUGAAGUAUUUAUACAUUGGCAUGGAGUAUCUUCCCCGGACACACGGAUUUAUGGCAUACUUUGGAUAUGUACUCUUUUUGCCAGGUAUCCGGUAUGGCCCAGUCAUGAGCUUUGGUGCCUACCAAAAGUGGCUUAGCACAGGAUAUUUAUACUUGGUAGAGACAGAAGACAAAGCCAUCAUAAAAAGAAUUGUUGGAGAAACAGAAAAUGAGGGAGAAAUUAUAAGCAUAAAAGAGGACUAUGUAAUGCACAAGUACAGCAAGCUUAUAACAUCCUCUACUGGACUGGCAAUAUGCUCCUUUGCGUUUAUAAUUUCUUAUAGAGCUGUAUGCAGUUAUAUAGAGACUGCGCAGAAUAACAUGCUAAGCUACUGUAAAAUAGGCUUUGGAUAUUCAGUGUUAUACGCAUACAAGCUAUUUUACAUUGCAUUCUUAUGGCUGUCUGAAGAAGCAGUUUGCCAAAUAGCAUUCAUCAAUAACAUGCAGAAUGUCAGAUUGCUUCCAUUUGUAACUUUCUGGAGAGCGCAUGAAUUCUUUUCUCUAUGGAACAUACAAGGGUCUAAGUUUAUGCACAGCAUAAACAGACUUCUCACAGAAGAAGAAAAGAAAGAAGAGCCAAAAGAAAAAUUAAAGGAAGACGAGAAAACAACUGACUCGCCCGUGGAUACAAACAUUACAGACAUACGCUUGAAAGAGCACAUAAAAGUAUCGAUUAUAUCGUAUGGGCACUUGCUGCUAUUCCCAAUGAAUUUAGAAUCUAUGCUUAUCUCUAUACCAACUGUUCUUUUGAUUGGUUUAAUUAAGGACAUUCCCACGCCUAGAAGCAACUUUAUAAUUUAUAGAACAAUAUGUGAGAUGUUUGGGUGGUCUGGAUACAUUUUGAUUUUUACAUACUUUAUGGUUCCUCUGGUUCAUGGCCCGCUAGAGACCCUAAACAUCUGGAGAAUUUCAUUUGCAUACGGGCACUUUUUAUGCAUACCAGGAAUUAUUGCAAGCCUUCUUUAAGAUAUAUUACUACUUCCAAGAUGUGUAAGUCAAAGUUAAAAGGUUGCACUGCUUGAAAUAUAAAACAAUCCUAUAUAUUUGUUGGAUAAAAU